AUGGUUAGUAUUGCACAUUGGCUAGAUACAUUUACAUGUAGUAAAUAUGCUGAUCGUUUUGAACGAUCUGGUUAUCUAAAUAUUCAUUCAAUAUGUGAAUUAACUACCGCUCAAUUGCAAUCAUUAGGUAUUGCAAACAAUGAUAUAUGUACAAUAAUGGACAAUAUUUUACUUUUGAAACAAAGUCGUCAAAGUUUAAGUCCACCACGCUAUCUUGACCUUAAUUCAGAACCUCCACCAUCAAUGACUCGUUCUCGUACAGCUAGUCCUGCUAUAAAUACUAUAAAUAGAACAAUGAGUCAAAAUCCCAAUACAUAUUCUCCUGGACCAAAUGUAAGUACACCACCAGCAAGUAGUGGUCCAUCACCAGAUCGUGUACUUCCUGGUCCACCAUCAUUUGAUACGCCAAAUGCAUAUCAUCGUUCGAAUUCUUAUGUCAAUCCCGUUAACCCAAAUACGUUUUUUGAUAUAAGUCCAUCAUCAUCAACCUCAUCACCACAUCGUUCAACAUCAAUUGAUGCUUUACCUCCACAAAUGGAACCAACACCCUUUAAUGAUUAUAUGCCACAGCCACCCCCACCACCACAAAUGCAAUCUCAUCAAUUUCCACCAUCUGGAAUGAUGUAUCGUGGUGUUAAUCCACCUGGUGGAAGUUAUUACAAUCCACAUCCACCACGUUUUUAUUCGCAUGAACAACAACAGCAACAGCAGCAGCAACAACAGCAACAACAACAAUUUAUGUAUCAACAAAAUCAACGAAUGAUGAUGCAUGCUCAACAACAUCCACCUUGGGGUGGACAUCGACCUAUAAUGCCACCACAUCCACAAUCACAUCCAAUGCAUUAUCAUCCAUAUGAACAACAUCAUCAAUAUCGUAUGCCACCAUCACAACAAUUUUGUCAUCCCAAUCAUCCAAUUAUGUCAGAUCAAAAUCAAAUGUUUAUGAAUCAACAACAACAACAACAACAAUUACAAAAUAUGAAUUCAUCCGCAUCUAAUAAAUUAUCAUCUUCAGGUGAAGCACAUCCACAUCCAUUACAAUCACUUGAAAGACUUGUACUAUUACCAGAAUCACAAGUUAUUGAUCCAAAAAGCGUUGUUAAUGAAAUUCAUGAUCCUCAAUCACCCUUCAGUGAAUCUUUAUCUCCAUAUGGUACAUUAUCACCAAAAAAUCCUGUUUCAACACCACCAACAACGACAAUUGUUAGUAAUUUACUUACAAAUGAAAAAUCUAUGCUUGAACAACAUGCAAAAACUGCAGGUGGUUUAAAACGUAGUUCAACACAUGAUGAAAGAAAUGAUUUAAAUAAAAAAAAUCGUAUGAAUACAACGAAUGAUUUAAAUACAGGUGAUUCAAUUAUAAGUAAUCAUCCUGUUGUAACUAGUUUAUUAACACGAGGAUUAAAUAAUUCAACAUCAUCAGCACCAUUACCAUCUAUUAAAUCAUUACAACAAAAACAUAAUCCAUCAUUUCUUCAACAGCAACAACAACAACAAAUGAUAUUUCCACCAAAUCAACCUGAUCCACAACAAUUUGUUGAUGGAUUAAUUGAUCAAGAAAUAGAUAAUUCUAUGGAACCUAUUGAACAAGAUUAUGAACAAUUAAUGACUAAACUUCGAUUAACAAUUGAUACAACUUAUAAACAUAAAAUAUUGCUAAAUUCAAAUACUCUUAAAAUUCCAUCUCAAUUAGAUGGUGUAUCGGAAACAACAGAUGAUACUUCAGCAUCUAGUAAUCGAACAUCUAGAAAACGUGAUUUAUCUACAUCAUCAGAGCGUGGAACUUCAAAUAGUGAAAAUCAAAGUUCGUCACCUGUAAAAGCACAAUUAGAUAAAUCAAAUAGUGAUCCAAAUGGUUCAUCUCAUAAUGGUAAUGAAAAGAAACGUAAUGGUUCUCUAAAUAAUAAUCGUCAUAAAUCAUCAAAACGACGUUUAUCAGAAAAUAAUUUAGAAUUAAAUCAUUCAACAAAUGGUUAUCAUUCAGAUUCAGUUUCAUCAAAAAUUCAAAAACCAAAAGUUAUUCAAUCACCUACUCAUUCAAAUAUUGAUAAUGAAAUCAAUUCAUCGUCAGAAUCUAUACCUCAAAAAAUAACAACAGAUGCACCACCAUCGAAACCUAUUCGUGAAGCUAAAAAACGUUCAUUAAUAUAUACAGGCAAUACACGAUUAUUUUUAGCAACAGCUAUCGCUGCUGGCUUAAUGGAAGAUAAUGGUGAUGAAGAAGAUGAAGAUAAUGAAUAUGUACCACCAGGUGGAACAGUUAUGAUUCGUCCAAAAUCUGCACCGUCAUCAUCAUCAUCAUCAUCAUCAUCUGAAAGUAAUGAUGAUGAUGGAUCAGUUAAAAAUAGUGAUGAUAGUAGUGCUGAUGACGAUGAUGAUGAAAGUAAUACUGAUGAGGGUGAAGAUGAGGAGAAAAAGAGUAAUAAUGAAGUAGUUUUAAAUGAAGAGCCAAGUGAAAGUGGUAUUAACUGGAAUGUACGAAGUCGUCCUCAACGUCAAACACAUCUAGUUCGUUUUGAUAAUAUAUCAGCAGAAGAAGAACAAAAUUUUUUCGGAGCAUUACAAGAACAAGUUCCUGAAUUAGCUGCUUAUUUAAAUGAAAAUUCUGAUGAUGAAUAUCAAAUGGAAAUCAAAGAACCAUCAGAUAAUUCAAUAAAAUCAUCUCGAAAAUCAUCAACAAAAAAAUCUCAACGAAAUCAAAUUAAAGAUAGUCCAAAAGAAGAUGAAGAAACAGUUGAAAUAAUAAAAAAAUUUCGUCAUGUUAAUGUACCAUCUAAAAAACGUACAACAAAAAAAUCUCAUCCAAAUGAAUCAACAACAAUAUCAAUAAGAAAUCGUUCCGAUGAAUUAUAUGUUAUACUUAAUGAAAAUAUACCACGAAAUAUUGUAUCAGGUACACAUCUUGAUACAACAAUAAAUACAAAGAAAAAUUCAACUAUACAAUCAUUUAAUUUUCAUCGAAAACAAAUUAAAGUAAAUACAGUUGAAGAUACAAAAGCUCAAUGGAGAUGUAUUAUAUGUUGGAAAGAACCUUAUGAAGAAUUCCUCGGUCCUUUGUUUGGCCCAUAUCAAUUAAAUGAACAAUGUCAAUUACAUCUUAAUAAUAAUAAACAACUAGCAAAACAUUAUAGAAAAUUAAAAGAAGUUUGGUUACAUCGUGAUUGUGCAUUAUGGAAUAAUCAUAUACAAAUGAAUUCAACAACAGGAGAACUUAUGCAUGUGUCCGAUGCAUGUAUGACUUAUCUUGAUAUUACAUGUUCUGUAUGUCAAAUACCUGGCGCAGCAUUAGCAUGUCGUUAUCGAAAUUGUAAAAUAAGAUAUCAUUAUCCUUGUGCAAAAAAUAUAGUUAAUUGUCGAUUAAUUGAAGAAAGUUAUUCAGUUUAUUGUCCAAAACAUAAUCAAAUAAAUAAUAAUAAAUCGAAAAAGAAUCGUCGUAAAACAACUACAAGUAUAAAUGAUUCACAAGAAUCAUUGAUAACUUAA